AUACAUUUGAAAACUUAACGUUCUUGUAUUACAUUUCUGUAUACAUUAUUUCUAUAUUUAAGGUAUAAUUGCAAUAUUUAUAAUAAAUAUGAAACGAAAAACGAAUAAUGUUAUAAAGGAAAUAUUUUACAAUGUUCAAUUUAAUAAAACUUGUCAUCAAAGUAAUAUUAAAAAAUUGACAAAAUGUUAUGAAGAAAAUAAUAUAUCAGAUUUUUGGGAUUCUUUCAUAUCUUGUUUUAGAAUUCCACUUACUAUUCCACAACGACAUUUACGAGUUGAAAAUACUUUAGAAUUUAUUGCUAAAUUUGCCGCUAGUUUAUAUUCAUCUGCAAAUGAUGAUGAUGAUGAAUCUGAACAAUCUUUAUGUCCUUUUCUGAUUAAGUUAUUUGAUUUUAUUUUAACAAACCAUUGUGCAAAAAAUCCAGGAGUGAGAUUUCGUAUUUGUCAUUUUUUAAAUAUGUUAUUAAAUUCUAUGGGUGAUCAAGCUUUUAUAGAUGAUGUUCUUUGUGAUAAAAUUACUGUUUCUAUGAUGGAUCGCUUAUUGGAUAAAUCUACAAAAGUUAGAGCUCAAGCAAUAUUUGCUCUACAUAGACUUCAAGAUCCUACAGAUGAUCAAUGUCCUGUUAUAAAAAUGUAUAUAUUUCAUGCAACCAAAGAUCCAAAAGCUAUGGUUCGCAGAGCAGCAUUAAUGAGUAUGGCAAAAAAUCAACAUACUCUGCAAGUAGCAUUGAGAAGGACCAGAGAUGUGGAUGAGAUUGUUCGUAAAAUGGCAUAUGAUUUCAUUAGUAAAGUAACAGUAAGAUCUUUGACUAUCACACAAAGAGAUCAGUUGUUAAAUGAUGGUUUAAAAGAUAGAUCUGAAAUAGUUAAAAACACUGUCCAAAAUGUUUUAUUACCUGCAUGGUUAAGACAUUAUAAUGGUGACUUUAUUGGUUUAAUAAGAGCUCUUGAUGCUGAAAUUGGUACAGAUGUGUCUGUUUUAGCUUUAGAUAUUUUAUUUAAGAAUACUCCAUUAAAUACAUUAAUAGAACAAUUACCAAUAAAUAAGGAAACCAAAUUAAUUCCAAUAAAUAAAUUGACUAGUGAAACUGUAUUAUAUUGGAAAUGCUUAAUAAAGCAUUUGCAACAUGAAUCUUUUACAGAAGAAUUGGAAGGAAUUUUACCAGAAUUAUCAAUAUUUUGCAAUUAUAUUUCUGAUUUUCUUGCAACAAUAUCAUCAAGAGAAAAUGAAAUGUGGAUAAAUCAUAUGCAAAAAUUUAUUCUAUUACAAUUAUUUGAAAUAUCAACAACAUUUGAUUUAUGUGAUGAAGUUGGUAGAAAAAAAUUAAAUGAGUUAAUUUGUAAUACAUUAAUGAGCAAUAAUUGGACAGAAAAAUUAAUUGAAUGCAUAGUAACACAUUUACAAAAAAUCAUACCUGAUGUGAAUAGUAGAUUGGAUAUUUUAGCUAACAUUAUCAGUGAAAUUAGAUUACCUUUAAAAGAAACUAUAACUACACAAGUUUCAGAAGAACAACAACAUCAAAUUAACUUACAGAGAGCAAAGCUUAAGAUAAAGAUGUUGGAAUUGAAAGAAGAAGAAUAUCAAGCUAUACAAGACAAACAAUAUUUAAAAGCAGAUAGCUUAAAAAAUGAAAUAAUCUCAUUGACUAAGGAAAUAGAAAAAUUAUCAGAACAGAAUCACAUAACAACUAUAGUUAAUGAAGAAAUGAAGGAAAAAAGUGAUUCUAAAACAAUGAUAAAAUGUUUAACCAUAAUAUGUACAAUGAUGCAAUCUGUGACUACAAUAACACCAACACUUAGAAGUCUUAUGCAAAUAGCACUUGACAGUUUAGAUCAUCCAGAUGAUGCAGUACAUAUAUUAGCAAUAAAAGCAGUCUCUAUUUGUUGUAUAUUGGAUAAAGAAUUAGCUAAACAACAUAUUAUGAUGUUAUUCUUACAAUUUUCUUUGGAACAAGAAAAUCCAGAUAUUUGGAUUGUUGCUUUGAAAGGAAUUUUCGAUCUCUUACUAUUGCAUGGUCUUGAGUAUUUUGAUAUUUCAGAAAAAACAAAUGAGAUCUCACUUGAUAAAACUGAAAAGUCUCGUACUAAAUUAUUUACAGAUACUGAUAAAGAAGUUUCUGUAAUAUCAUUAGGCAUAUCAGAAGCAGAAAAAGGCAAUUACUGUUUUAUUAAAAUCUUAGCAGGAUUAUUAGAUAAUGAAAAUCAAGGAUUAAGGACAAUUGCUGCUGAAGGUCUUUGUAAGUUGUUACUUAAUCGACGAAUCAGUGGUUCAAGUUUAUUAUCACGAUUAAUAAUUUUAUGUUAUAAUCCUGUAAAUGAUAAUGAUUUUUAUCUCCGACAAUGUUUGACGGGUUUUUUCGAUAAUUUUAUCACACUUGUUGAUGCCCAAACAUCAUUAGAAGAAACAUAUUUACCAACUUUACAGAUUUUAUGUAAUGCGCCAGAGAUUAGUCCUUUACAUGAAAUUGAUCCUUAUGAAGUAUCUAGAUUUAUAAUAAAUUUGACUAGAGUUAGAAUUCGUAAAUCUGAUGCAGAAAAUUAUUGUGUACACAAUAAUCUUGUUUUUAAUAUGCUCGCAGAAGUGUUAAAUCCAUCCAGUAAAAUUCAUUGUGAAGUUCUUCUUAGAUCUUUAAACGAUUUGCAUUUAGAAUUGGAUGAUACAUUGGAAAAAAAUUUACAACAAGCCAUUAAGAAAGUAACAAAAAUGGUAAAACAGGAUAAGCGAUUAUUAAAAUAUAUUGAACUUUUUAAAAAAAAGUUAAAUACUCCUGACAUUUGUGACAAUGUAUCAGAGAAUGAAGAUACUGAAGUUGAUGAAUGAUCAUUGAUCAAUUCAGAAUAUCUCAUUUAAUUUUUAUGUCACUUUUAAUUAUUUGUGCAGAUACAAAAAAAUAUUUGAGAAGAAAGUUAUCACGUUUCAUAUAUUAAUCAUUUUUUAUUAUAUAAUCAAAAAUAUGACGAAAUGAAACAUAAUUAAGGCAUUGUAAAUAUAUAUAAAUUUUUU